AUGAACAAUCUAAUUAAUAAAACAUUUGAUCAAGUAUCAAGAAUUGGUGAAAAGAUUGAACGUCGUCUUUCACAAAGUGAUAGUUCCGAUAAUUUGAAACGCAGUGGUAGUGGACUAGAAUUAUCAGCAACCCCUGUUGGCGCCUUUGGAAACUAUAAUAAUUAUAGUCAGCAACAGCAACAGGUGCAGGCUUAUGGUUACGGUGGUGGAAAUUAUGGAAAUCAAGGAGCUUAUGGAGGAAACUACGGUGGCCAAUUUAGAGCAGUAAAUCCUUACGGAACUGGUGCUAACAUUGGAUAUUCUCCUGAUUAUUAUAUAGCUGAACGUCGUGUGGUUGAUUUAGUACCAGCCCCUCGGCCACAAAUCAUUCGCCAACAGGUACCGGUUCCCGUUCAAGUUGAUCGUCCGGUACCACAACCUUACCCAGUUUCAGUUCCAAAACCUGUACCAGUUGAUCGUCCAGUCCCGGUUCCUGUAUCGCAACCUGUUCUAGUCGAUCGUCCUUACCCGGUUGCUGUUCCAGUCCCUGUUCCUUCUCCACCACCACCACCAGUUUAUGUCCCGGUUGGUGUUCCCGUUCCUUCUCCUCGUGCUAGUCCGGUGAUGUUUGAAAGAAAAGUAACUGAAACCCAACGACAAUGGGUUAAUGUUCCACCACCAAAUUAUGGUCAUAAUCCAUGUAAUUAUAUUCCGUAA